AAUAGGUGGAGCUUAUAUUUUUUCUAAGCGAAUCAGAGACACUAUACAGAUUGCGCUCUAAUGCAAAGGUCGUUUUCGAGGUGAAACAAUUUCUGAGUUCUAUUACAAACUUUAAAAUUUUUAAAAGGUAUGAGCACUAAUGGUCAUUCACAUUUCAAAAAAUUAAAAUCGGAUAUGCCUGCGAAAGUUGCUGUCGUUUUGGGAGCCCAGUGGGGUGACGAAGGAAAAGGGAAGGUUGUGGACAUGCUUGCAUGUGAUGCCGAUAUCGUCUGCAGGUGUCAGGGUGGCAACAAUGCUGGCCAUACUGUAGUUGUUGAAGGUAAAGAAUAUGAUCUACAUAUACUACCAAGUGGAAUUAUCAACAAAAAUUGUGUCUCCAUCAUUGGAAAUGGUGUUGUUAUAAAUUUGCCACAAUUUUUUGAAGAAAUAAAGAAAAAUGAGGACAAAGGCUUAGAUAGUUGUAAAGGCAGAGUGUUCAUUUCUAAUAGAGCUCAUAUUGUUUUUGAUUUUCAUCAAACAGUUGAUGGCCUUCAAGAGCAAGAAAAGGGAAACAAAAGCUUGGGAACUACAAAAAAAGGCAUUGGACCUACCUAUUCUUGCAAAGCCAAUCGUAGUGGAAUCCGUUUAGCUGAUUUGCUGGGAGAUUUUUCUGUUUUUGAAGAAAGAUUUAGGCAGCUUUUAAAGUCUUAUAUGCUACAACAUCCCAGUUUAAAUGUGAACAUUGAUCAAGAAGUCAAAAAAUAUAAAGACUAUGCCACAGCUAUGGCCCCUUUUGUGAUGGAUACCGUUUCAUAUCUACAUCAUGCUAUUGCUAGCGGAAAAUCAGUUGUAGUCGAAGGAGCUAAUGCUGCACUUUUAGAUAUUGAUUUUGGUACUUAUCCUUAUGUUACCUCCUCUAAUUGCACUGUUGGUGGAGCUUGUACUGGAUUAGGGAUCCCACCUACAGUCAUUGGUGAAAUUUAUGGUGUUGUCAAAGCAUACCAAACAAGAGUGGGUGAUGGACCUUUCCCAACUGAAUUAUUCGAUGAACUUGGUGAAGAGCUUCAAACCAGAGGUGCAGAAAUAGGUGUAACUACAAAGCGUAAGAGAAGAUGCGGAUGGUUAGAUGCUGUGCUUCUACGUUACUCUAAUAUGAUCAAUGGCUACACGGCGGUUGCUGUUACAAAAUUGGACAUUUUGGAUACUUUCAAGGAAAUAAAAAUUGGUGUUGCAUAUCAUUUAAAUGGAAAAAGAUUACUAGCACCUCCAGCUUGUGCUUCUGAAUUGCAAAAGGUGGAAGUGGAAUACAUCACUAUUCCUGGUUGGAAUUCUAGUACUGAGAAAGUUAGAAGUUUUUCAGAGCUUCCAAAAAAUGCCCAAAAAUACAUAUCCACAAUAGAAGAAUUAGCUGAAGUUAAAGUGAAGUGGAUAGGAGUCGGCAAAGAUAGAUCAUCCAUGAUUGAAGUAUUUUGAAAUUAUAUUUGCAUAUAACUGUCAGAAUUAUUACUAUGACCUCUGUCCUUAAGAUGGUUUUACAUGUGAUUUCAAUUCCUUCUGAAGAUCAAAAAAAGAGUCGCAAGAUUUAAGAUUUUUGUCUCAAAAUAUGGCAUUGAUUUUUUUUAAAAAAGAGAUUUGAAAUUUUGUUUGAUCUUUGCAUUUUAUCUUAUUUUUAAUUUUCUUUAGAAAAGGAUUUCAAGUAUUUUUAUCAUUGCAUUUUUGUUUGUAUUGUAUCUCUGCCAUUUGCUGUCUUAUAAGUAUUACUAAAUAAACCUUUCUUUUUCAUUUAAGAAUAAAAAAAGCUGAUAGGUAUUCUAAAAAAAAUGUAACAUUUGUUUGUUUUUUUAUUAUUAGAAAAGCAAUUCAAAAUUAUAGGUUUUACGAAAUAUUUAAAAUCUGUUUAAUUGCAUAUAAAUUUACUUUUUUUAAUAGGGGAAAAAAUAACUUUAUUUUAGAGUUUAUUUCAACUUAUUCUUGAUCAAAUUAAGUGUUUUUUAAAUAUGCUUAAAAUUUUUUUGAACAAAUUAUAAAAGGCUAGUAUGUGAACUGAAUAUGAAAAGUUUGUUAAACUCUAUUGUAAAUUGUACCAUCGUCGAUUUUCAAAAUGCUAUAUUCAGAAUUAUCUUAAGCAUUAUUUGGUUUUACUUUCAGUAUUUUUACAAAUUUUUUAUAUAAGUCUUGAAUGUGCUUAACGCUGAAUGAUUUUAUUAAAUAGUACUUAGUUAUAAAAUUAAAUUAUUUUUCAGAAAUUUAACUUUAUUAUAUUUGCUAAAUGUACCCGUCCAUAAAGUGCAUCUUCACAAGCUUAAAGAUCUUUUAAUGCUUCAUAUUCAGUCAUUUGCUUGCUUUCAGUGGAAGCAAAACUAAUAAUAAGAGUUAUAGUUUGUAACUUCAAGAUUGUUAGUUAAUAUCUAAGCCAUAUUGCAGAAAUUUCUUUGUAAAUUUUGAUUUUUACUAAAAGUUAUAUUUUUGUACUUAUGUUUAAAUAUUGAAAAUGUAACAACUUUGAAAAAGUAUUCUAAGAAUGCACACUGUUGGUUGUUCAGUUUUAAAGUAAUUUUUAGCUCUUCAUUGAAUUUUACAUUGUUAAAAAAAUUUUGGAAAAUAAAGUUUACAAAUUUUGUUCA